AUGGCUUCAAUAUCUACGAACGGAGCGCCCCAGAACAAGCUUCUGGAGCAAGUCGUCCGCACACCGGGCCGCAAACCAUCGCCUCAGCCGACCCACCUCAGCGUACCGGGCACGCUUCCCAGCCGCAUACUUCAGGAACAAGGCCCAGGAUAUGUUGCACCUAAGUUUGAGGGCAAGGAGCAGCAGAUGGAGGCGGUCAUGGACCAGGUCGAAGAGAAGGGAUUCAUACCAGCGGAGUUCGUUGAAAACGAGACAAAGUGGUUCUACAACGAGCUCGGCAUCGACGACAUGUACUUUUCGACCGAAACUGUCGAAGCGAUCGUCAACCACAUACACUCGCUCUACGCUGCCAAAGUAGCCGCAUACGCACGUGACGACAAGCGGCUGGAGAUCCGCUUGGACAAGGAGGCUGCAGAUCAUGCAGUAUACAUAGAUACAAGCAAGCCUGGCAUUUCAGUCUUGGACGGUCCCCGCUAUGAGCAACGUUUGGAAGCAAAGUACCUUGAUGGAUCUGAAGGUGGCAGAAGCUACCGCGUGGAGAGCUUCCGCUCUACGAGUCUUCUUCCAGGAGGCAGCGAGCAGCAACUUCGCUGCUACUUCCUAUAUCAAUGCCACUUCGACAACCCGACACCGGCACCCGACGAGACUGACAUAGAGAAGAUUGGAGAAAAAACGUUCCUGCAGAAAGCCACGAAGAAUACCAAAGUCAUCUAUCAAGGCAUCCUGAACAGCGCGGUUCGUAGGACUGGACCUGUCAUAGAAUACUUCGAGCUUGAAGGUUCGCGCGAGAAGAGACUUGUGCUUGCAUUUAAGCAAAGGACUGCAUUGGGCCUCUUCAGCGCUCUGAGCGAUCUGUACCACUACUACGGUCUCACGUCUUCACGAAAAUACGUUGAACAGUUCUCGAAUGGACUAACAAUCAUGUCCAUCUAUCUCAGACCGGUGCCUCAGUCAGCCACCUCCGGGCGGUUUCCACCUAUCGAAGCAUCCAUUCACCAGAUCAUCAAGGAGGUGUCGCUGCUGUACUGCAUCCCACAGAAUAAAUUCAUGGGUCACUUUGCCACUGGGCGGCUGAGCUUGCAGGAGACGAUCUUUGCGCACUGCGUGUGGGUCUUCGUGGGACACUUCCUCAACCGACUAGGCACUGAAUACCAUACGCUGGCUUCGCUUUUGAGCUCGAACGGCAACAGCGUCCACGCUGAAUUACUCUCCAAGCUCAAGCGCCGCCUACGUACUGAGACCUUUACUGCAGACUAUAUUCUGGAGAUCAUCAACCAGUAUCCGGAACUUGUCCACUCACUCUAUCUUACCUUUGCCAACACGCACUACGUGCACACCCGGGGCGACCGGGACGACUUCCUCCCAACCCUGAGCUACCUUCGCCUACAGGUUGAUAAGGUCCUCACCGAUGCCGAGUUGAAGGAACUCAUUACGACCACCACAGUCAAUGAGCAUCACAACAUGGUGAUGACAGCUUUCCGAAUCUUUUCCAAUGCUGUUCUGAAAACCAACUUCUACACUCCGACGAAGGUAGCUCUCAGCUUCAGACUGAACCCCGGUUUCUUGCCUCCCGAAGAGUAUCCACAGCCGCUCUUCGGCAUGUUCUUGGUCAUUAGCUCUGAGUUCCGCGGCUUCCACCUGCGCUUUCGUGACAUCGCUCGUGGAGGUAUUCGAAUUGUGAAAUCGCGCAGCUCAGAAGCGUAUACCAUCAACCAGCGGUCCCUCUUCGAUGAGAACUACAAUCUUGCCAACACCCAGCAAAGGAAGAACAAAGAUAUCCCUGAAGGCGGGUCAAAAGGCGUUAUUCUUCUUGAUAUUCACCACCAAGACAAGGCUCGUGUCGCCUUCGAGAAGUACAUAGACAGCAUCAUGGAUCUGCUCCUUCCGCCCUCUAGUCCCGGCAUCAAGGAUCCCAUCGUCGAUCUGCAUGGCAAAGAAGAAAUUCUUUUCAUGGGCCCCGAUGAGAACACUGCAGAUCUCGUAGACUGGGCGACAGAACACGCAAGAGCCAGAGGUGCACCAUGGUGGAAGUCGUUCUUUACCGGCAAGAGUCCUAAGCUUGGCGGCAUUCCUCACGACGAGUACGGAAUGACGACUUUGUCGGUCAGAGAAUACGUCCUCGGUAUCUAUCGGAAGUUGAAGCUCGAUCCCAGCAAAGUACGCAAGCUCCAGACUGGCGGACCAGACGGCGACCUUGGCUCGAAUGAGAUUCUCCUAGCCAAUGAGCGAUACACCGCUAUCGUGGAUGGCUCUGGCGUUUUGGUUGAUCCCAACGGACUGGAUAGGGAAGAGCUGGUUCGUCUCGCCAAGAAGCGGGUCAUGAUAUCCCAGUACGACAUCUCCAAGCUAUCUCCAGAGGGCUAUCGCGUGCUCGUUGAUGAGACCAACGUCAAGCUUCCGAGCGGAGAGCUGGUGCGCAACGGCACGAUUUUCCGUAACACGUUCCAUCUCCGUGGUGGCUCGCAGUACGACAUGUUCGUGCCAUGUGGAGGCCGGCCUGAGUCGAUCGACCUGAGCACUGCGAGCAAAUUGAUCGUCGACGGCAAGUGCACCAUACCAUACAUCGUCGAAGGCGCCAAUCUUUUCAUCACCCAAGACGCGAAGCUUCGUUUGGAGAAAGCCGGCUGCAUCCUGUUCAAGGAUGCGUCUGCGAACAAGGGCGGCGUCACUUCCUCAUCUCUGGAGGUGCUAGCCUCGCUAUCGUUCGACGAUGCCGGCUUCAUCGAGCAUAUGUGCCAUCGUGAAGACGGAACCGCGCCAGAGUUCUACAACAGCUACGUCAAGCAGGUGCAGCAAACGAUCAAGAACAACGCACGGCUGGAGUUUGAAGCGAUCUGGAGGGAGAACGAGCGCAGUGGAGAGUCUAGAAGCAUCCUGAGCGACAAGCUUAGUGUGGCGAUUACGAAGCUGGACGAAGAGCUGCAGAACACCGAGCUGUGGGACAACAUCCAGCUGCGAAAGUCGGUGCUGAGCGAUGCUCUACCGAACCUCCUGCUGGAGAAAAUCGGUCUUGAUACCAUCCUUGAGCGGGUCCCAGAUAACUAUCUUCGCGCCAUCUUCGGAAGCUAUCUCGCCAGCAGGUUCGUUUACGAGUACGGCAUCUCGGCCAGCCAGUUUGCCUUCUUCGCAUUUAUGAACAAGCGCAUGGAGAAGCUGAGGGAAUGA